CAGCUGAUUAUUUUGUGUCACAGCAUGGCAUCGAACGCAGUGACGGCGAUGGCGACGUUGAGCCCGCGCGAUAAGGUUCUUACCGAAGACAACGUCUUCACGAACCUGCGUAAUAUGGAGUACACGGUGCGCGGACCCCUCUUCAUCAGAGCAGUGGAGAUCGAAAAAGAGUUACAAAGAGGUAUUGAAAAACCCUUCAAGGAGGUGAUUAAAGUAAAUACUGGCGACGCUCACGCGAUGGGUCAGCAGCCCAUUACAUUCCUGCGACAGGUGCUCACCCUCACGGUCUCGCCGAAUCUGCUCAACGAUCCGAGCUACCCGGAGGAUGCAAAAGAUCGCGCCCGGAUGGUCCUGGGGAAUUGCAAUGGUGGCAGUGUGGGCUCGUACUCAGAGACCAGGGGCAUCGAAUAUAUUCGCAAGCACGUCGCGCAAUACAUUCAGGAACGCGACGGCGGUAUCCCCUGCGAUUACAACAACAUUAUCCUCUCGAACGGCGCUUCUAUCGGUAUCAAGUCAUUUCUGAAUCUAUUUAACGAAAGGAUUAACGAUAAACCAUCCGGCGUGCUGAUUCCAAUUCCGCAGUAUCCUCUGUACUCGGCAACCAUAGCGGAGUAUGGUCUCGCUCAGAUCGGGUAUUAUCUGGAUGAGGAUAACAAGUGGUCGUUAGAAGUCAGAGAGUUGGAACGAGCAUUAAAAGAAGCUGAGGAUACGUGUAAUCCCCGCGUGUUGGUGAUAAUUAAUCCUGGUAAUCCGACCGGCCAAGUAUUGACUCGCAAAAACAUCGAAAAUGUUAUCCGCUUCGCCCAUAAACAUCAUCUAUUUUUAUUGGCCGACGAAGUCUAUCAGGACAACAUAUACGACAAAAACAGCGCAUUCCAUUCCUUCAAGAAGGUCAUAAUAGAGAUGGGUGAACCGUAUUCGAAAAUGGAACUCGCAUCGUUUAUGUCCAUCUCGAAAGGAUAUAUGGGUGAGUGCGGGAUCCGUGGCGGUUACGCUGAAUUCAUCAACAUGGAUCCGAAAGUGAUGAAGGUGCUGUUGAAGUCGAUUUCUGCGACGCUGUGUCCUACCGUGCUCGGCCAGGUUGUAAUGGAUGUUGUGGUGAAUCCACCGCGACCGAAUGAGCCAUCGUACGAGCAGUUCCAGAAAGAGAAGGAAGAGAUCUUGCGUUCACUUGCGGAAAGAUCGCAGCUCGUCAACGACGUCCUCAAUAGUAUUCCAGGAUAUAAGGCGAAUCCGCCGAUGGGUGCGAUGUACGCGUUUCCACGCUUCGAGCUGUCGUCGAAGAUGAUUGAGGCGGCGCGAGCAAGAGGCCUGGAACCAGACGUCUUCUACGCGUUCGAACUAUUGGAGAACACCGGGAUUUUAGUGCUCCCGGGCUCGUGCUUUGGCCAGAUACCUGGUACGAAUCAUUUCCGCACUACGAUACUGCCGCAAAAGAAAAAAAUCAAAACGAUGCUUGAAGCACUGAAGCAGUUCCACAUCAAAUUUCUUGAGGAAUACAUUUAAAUAAUGUAUUUCCGGUUAAGAGAAAAUCGACAAAUUAUUAA